UAACUGCAUGUCAAUGUUCCACAUAUCCACACAAAACUGUUGCUGAAUCAUUAACGAUGCUUUAAUUUAAAUAACCAAGGGCACUUUUACCUUUUACCUUAUAUAAAGCAGAAAUCCAUACGAUUCUCUGCUUUUGCGUGCAAUUUUCCAUCAGUUGCGUACAUUCCAACCGAGAAUGGCGACUAAAAAGUGCUCAUCAAACAGCUCAACUUCAAUUUCGCGAAUCUCUGCUGCGCGUUUCAUUAUUUUUACGCUCAAAGCAAUCGGUCUAUGGCAGUGGACAGCAGACAGCAGUCAGCUCGCAAACUCUCGUCUAUCAUACUUGUUCAAACUGCAGCGUGCGCAUGGUUUAAUACUGCACGUGCCGAUCUCAUUCACCUACAUUACGCUUAUGUUUACAGCGGUGUUAUUGUCGCAAGAACUCGAGGAGAUCAGUAGUGUACUUCACGUGCUGUUGACCGAAUUUGCAUUAGUCGUGAAGAUCUUGCAUAUUUGGCGUCUACGUAAUGCUUCCUGGCGCUAUAUGGAUGAGCUGGCCAACGAGCCCAUGUAUGCAUUUCGUCGUCAGUCCGAGAGGGCGAAGUGGCAGCGCGCCCAGCGUUCGUUCGCCAUCAUCGCCUACACUUAUAUACUAGGCAGCCUAGCCGUGGUGGUGUUCGGCUGCAUCGGUGUUAUGUUAACACCGGCCGAUGUUUAUAUUUUGCCCUUCAACUUUUAUAUACCCUUUGAGUGGCGUCAUCCGCGUAAGUACUGGUAUGCAUGGACCUAUAGCAGUAUUUGCAUGUUGCUUACAUGCAUCUCUAAUGUUUCACUGGACAUGAUUUUCUGCUACUUCAUGUUCCACCUAUCGCUGUUAUAUAAAUUGAUCGGUUGGCGUUUGACCGCUUUGCGACGGCCGAAGAGUACAAAAGGGCGAGUUCGAGAUGGAGGUGGUGAAGAUGAAUCGGAAGUUAUUGACCAAAUGGCAGAGAUUUUCCAAAUGCAUAUGAAGCUGAAGCGAUUGACGACGAAAUGUGAGGCCCUAGUAUCUGUACCCGUUUUGGCACAAAUUGUUCUCAGCGCUUUCAUACUAUGUUUUAGUGGUUAUCGGCUGCAGCAUAUGGACAACAUGGAAAAUGUUGGCAUAUUAAUUAGCACAAUUCAAUUUGCCUCAGUGAUGAUUCUGCAAAUUUUCUUGCCCUGUCACUAUGGCGAUGCGGUAAAUGAGUAUUCAAAUGCUUUAACAAAUGAUAUCUUCAACUCGGAUUGGACAACAUUUGAUGUACCGUCGCGCAAGUUUAUGAUUUUAUAUAUGGAACUUUUGAAGCGUCCGGCAAAUUUGAAGGCUGCCAACUUCUUCAAGAUCGGUCUGCCCGUUUUUGCGAAGACUAUGAACAACGCUUACAGUAUUUUUGCUCUUCUUCUUAAUAUGAAUAAAUAAAUAAAUGAAGUAUAUUAACUAACUGUAGCUUCUCCGAUGAGUAAAUAAGACAAUAUUGUUUCAUUCUUUCAAGCAACCUUUUUUUGAUCGAUUAGGCGAAGCUCUGUAAAUUCUAUGUGAAUAUUUCGAGAAUUCCAGUUAUAAACAGAGGUGUUAUUAUACUGCGACAUGUAGUUUUUGUUUUAUUUAAGAUGGGCCUAGGAACAAUUAUUUGACGUCUAUUAUAUCCCAGUUAUGGUGAAUGGUAAAGUAAUGAAGGGCAGAGAGGUCAAUAUAAAUCUGGGUCGGUUUUACUAACUACUUUUACAACUAUAAUAGUGCAGUCUACCUUAUCAGAAUGAACCCUAAUUUUUAUACGGCCAGCAACUGCCGACUCGGUAACCUUCCAUAAACCUACCACCACAAAAUGAGAAGUGUAGCUGUUGUAGUUGAUAGUCUUCCACUCAGCCCUGGAACUCAGGUUUAAAGGAAGAUUACAUGAAUACAAGACCAAGUUCAUUGCUUAAAUGCAGCCACAUAGUUAUUAGUUCUCAUUCCUAUAAAAAAGUUCAGAAUUGACAAUGAUUUUGGUCGGGAAAAUGGCAUUGUGGUCAAAGUGUUAAUAGUAUUAUUUUAAACAAGUAAUAUGGGCAUAGGAACAAUUAUUUGAUCGUGCUUCAAUAGAGUAUUUUUAAAAAGUGUGUAUGAUGAGAGUUCUAUAGUUAGGCAGUUAAUAUC